AUGGAGGAAAAUGCCAACGUGCAGGAGCCGGAAAAUGACAGCACCCCGAGCCUGGCACAGACCACAAAAUAUGACAUAAAGCGCCACGCCAUCACUGAUGACUACAAAGUGUCCAAACAGGUGCUGGGCCUGGGCAUCAAUGGCAAAGUGUUGCAGUGCUACCGCCGAGAUAGCGGACAGAAGUGCGCACUGAAGAUUCUCUACGACAGCCCUAAAGCCCGGCGAGAGGUGGAAUACCACACCAGAGCGUCGGGGGGACCGCACAUCGUGUCCGUUCUGGACGUCUAUGAAAACAUCCACAGAGGGAAGCGAUGCCUGCUCAUUGUCAUGGAGUGCAUGCAGGGCGGCGAGCUCUUCACCCGGAUCCAGAAACGAGGAGACCAGGCGUUCACGGAGCGAGAGGCGUCUGAAAUUAUGCGUGACAUUGGAAUGGCCAUUCAGCAUCUCCACGAGCUGAACAUCGCUCACAGAGACGUAAAGCCUGAGAAUCUCCUGUACACGUCCAAGGACACCAAUGCGGAGCUGAAGAUCACGGACUUUGGCUUUUCUAAGGAGACGCUGGUUCAGAACGCGCUGCAGACUCCGUGCUACACUCCGUACUAUGUGGCUCCUGAGGUAUUGGGUCCAGAAAAGUACGACAAGUCAUGUGACAUGUGGUCACUGGGGGUCAUCAUGUACAUCCUGCUCUGUGGUUACCCUCCAUUCUACUCCAACACCGGGCAGGCCAUCUCCCCUGGCAUGAAGAAGAGGAUCCGCAUGGGGCAGUACGAAUUCCCGGGACCCGAGUGGAACGACGUGUCGGAGGAAGCCAAACAGAUGAUCCAGCAGCUUCUGCGGACGGACCCGACGGAGCGGAUGACGAUCACCCAGUUCAUGAACCACCCCUGGAUAAACCAAUCUAUGGCGGUCCCCCAGACCCCACUGUGCACGGCUCGUGUCCUGCAGGAGGACAAAGAACACUGGGAAGAAGUUAAGGAGGAGAUGACCAGUGCUCUGGCCACCAUGAGAGUUGACUAUGACCAAGUGAAGAUAAAAGAUCUCAACUCGUCCACCAACAGGUUACUAAACAAACGCCGCAAGAAACAAAGUGAUGGGAGUGCGGCCCCUCCUGGCUGCAACAACCAAUAGGACUGUGAAGGAAUCGCCGUGGGCGUCAUGACUGUGCCGAAUGAAGUGCUGUCUGAGGGGUGGAGUCUGUGUGCGACUUUUAAAUUUUUUUAUGGUCUUUUGUUUUACAGUAGAAUAUUUGUGGGGUCCGGCUCCCGGUGUGUACAUACUUAUACAUAUUUAUGGAAUCUGACUCUUGAUAAAACAUUUUUGUC